AUGCGUCUAGACAGCGACGCGUGGCAAUCGCUUCAGCUCACGCUGCACGACGCUGUCCAAACACUCUUGCAGUCGUACACGAGCGGCCGCGACGAGCUCUGCAGCGGAUACCGCUUUGCAAAGGCCAAGCAUGGCCAGCACCUCUUUACACGCACGACAUCGGCGUCGCCCUUCCUUGAGGUGCUCUCGAUCGGCAACUCGGUCCGGUCGCUCGACGACGUCCUCGACCUCUGCUACGCCGCGACCUCGGAGGACCUGAGCAUCCUAGAAGGCCUCGUGCACGGCGACAAGUACCUCGAUGCGGCAGUCCUUGAGACCGUUUUCGCCGCGACAAUCGACGACCCGUUUCGGUGGCUCGGCACCAAGACCAAGCAGAUCUACAUGACGGGCGGCUUUGAAAAGCGGGGUACGACGUUUGUCGAGUAUUCGGGGUCGCUGACCGACGACCUCGGGCAGCGCGUGCUCUUCAUCAUGCGCGAGUCGAUGCCUGGCGACCUCCCGCGCGACGUCAUCGCGUACCGCCUCCAGUCCAUCUCGCUCUUUGUCGAGAACGCGACCGGCCGUGUCCAGGACGUGCAUUAUAGUUUUGUGGACCCCCAGGGCAAGUUUCCCGCGUGGCUCUUCAACCAGCAGGUCGCGACGCACAUGCCGGUGACGCACCGCAUCUCGAUGCUCGCCCAAAAGAAGCGACUCCUCCUCGCGGCCAUGCAUCAGCCCGUCGACUACGACGACCGGUACGACUUGUGUACCGUUUCACCGCACCCGCGCCUGUGGGUCGUGCAGCGAUAA